CCAAACCCUCCAGAUUAGGCACUCGGAGAGGCCUGCAAAUUGGGUUUAGUCCUCCAAAAGAAGCAAUCGGAGAGUCCUGUCGUGACAUUUUCUCCGCCCUCGAAGACUGGUCCUGCGGGUGCACAUUCCAGAUAUCGGUGAGCCCCAGGGCGCCUCAUCAUAACAUUGGGCCUCGAUAUUGGAAGUUAGGAUGCCCUCGCCAGCGCAUAUCUGCCUCGCGCGCCCAAAACCGCCAGCCCUGCCUCACUUUCUACAUCUCCAGGACCUCGAGGCGUCGAGAGACGUUCAACCAACCAUGACGCAGCUUCGUAGGCCUGAGGCAAAGCUGACUCUUCGUCUCGCCACCAAGGCAGACCUCGACGACAUUACGAAAGUGGCUCAAGCGGGGUUUCCAGACGAUCCGGAGUUCGAUUAUCGUUUCCCCGAGCGCAAGAAGUAUCCAGAAGACAACUGGAAAUGGACCAGACAGGAGUACGAGGAAUAUAUUGACCAACCAGAGAAGUUCGCCGUCUUGGUUGUCACCGCCCCUGUAGAAUCGGACGGCGAAACUGCCAACAAGCCGAUAUCUCUCGCAGUAUGGGAUAUGUCUGUCCUCACCAACUCGAAAGGUGGAAAUCUUGGCAUUGAUUCAAGGCGUGAUGUCAACAAAAGACAUUUCAAAGAGUUCGCAAAGACCUUAGACGAAGCUUUCAACAAGUACUUCAGCAAGUAUGGCAAAAAGCAAUAUCACUUGUGGCUUCUUGCUACUCAUCCUGACUUCCGUGGACAAGGGGCCGGAACCAUGCUUUGCAAAUGGGGGAUGGAGAAAGCAAGAGAGAAGGACUACAUGGCUACUGUUCUGGGAAGUUCAAUGGGUAAAAACCUAUAUGAGCACUUGUGCUUUGAUCUUCUUGGGUCUGUAACUGUGCAAGUGGAUGACGAGGAUGAAAAACUCACAGUAUAUUGCUUGGAAUACAAGAAAUCGGACUGAAACGAUUCUGUAUUCUGUGGGGAUAGAUCAAGUAAAAAAUGAAGUUGUCUGUUUGAUUCGAUCGAAUCAGGAGAGUAUCAUUAGCACAAUCGUGAAGGUAUUAUGGAAGACAGCGUGGCGCCGCGACAGAGCUAUGCAGCGUGAGGAGUAAGCCGACCGUAACCAAACCCGCGCGAGCAAUCUGUUGCAAACAACCUCCGAAGUGGACUUAGACAAUCCAGUCGGAGAGCAGGCCUGGGAUUA